AUAAGGAGUGUUGUGGUUUUGUGGCAUAUUAAAGGGUGCUUAUAUGUUCCUCUUGGCGUGAUUUCCACGUCGCGCAGGCCUCGUUUCGAUGGCAUGGAUAAGACAGCAAGGGAGCGCUGGGUGCAGGCGCAGUCUGCGUACGUCGCCAUGGCCAUGAGCCUGGUCAGCGGCAUCGUCGGCCUCUUCACCAUCAUCCCGUUGGGCUUCGUCUCCGACAAAUACGGCCGCAAGUGUGGUCUGGUCAUCGCGUAUGUCGGCUUCGCCAUCGAUGCACUUCUCAAUGCUCUAGUUAUGCUUCUUCAUCUGCCUCUUUGGGUGUUGAUUGUCGCGACACUCCCGUCAAGCAUUCUCGGGAAUGGUGUGUUCGGGAUUUUAACCCAGCUCUACGUCUGCAUCACGGAUCUGACUGAAGAGAAAUCCGAGGUUAUUGAGAAGAAGCUUUCAGUGAAUCUGCAAUCACUGACGAAUGAUUCGUCGGCAUUGUCAGAAAAAAGACGGCGGACAACUUCCAUCUUUGAAAUUCGUGAGCCAAAGUCGGUAGCCACCGUUCAUUCAUCCAUGACCUCCGCGCGCUUAUCAAUUAUCGCCUUGUUUGAGGGGUGUUUGGGAAUCACUUCGUCCGCGGGAACGAUGAUUAUGGGUCCUGUUAUUGAGAAGUUUGGUUUCUCUCUCUCUGGUUGGUUGAUUAUCAUUGUGACAGCCAUCAACUUGGUGAAUGCCCUUCUCUUGCCCAAUACCCGAGCCCUCUGGUCUAAUCGUCCCAUUGCUUCAGGAGACAAUGCCGAGGCAAAACACGGACUCCUCUCAGGCUCCUCUGGUGAAACUAACGAGCCACCGAGUCAUGCCACUCGUCAGCCGAAAAGGUCCUGUUGUCUAGCCCUUAAAGAAGCGUUCUCAUUUGUGACGGUGCCAAUACUCAUUGGAACGGUUGCCAAUCUGCUUUGCUGCCUCAUUGCAAUGACGGAUGUACCCGUGCUAAAUCUGUACUUCAUUGGCGAACCCUUCUUGAUGUCAAUUGCGCAAGUUGGACUUGUUGUUGGACUUCGAGGCAUUGGCACCUCGGUGAUUUCUGGACUCUUCGUGCUGUUCAACAUGUUUGUUUUCCAGCCCAAGUUGGCUGCGCCUCCCUCACCUCUGCAGCAACAUGGCUCUCCCGAAACCGUGGACACAGUCACCAUCCAGAAGGAGGCCAAAAUGAACGAUGCUCGAAAAAUGAUGCUUUAUAUUCUCGGGGCGGUCCUGCUCGCCAUGUCUGCGUGCCGCUUUCUCUACGGCAUCUCUAGCAAUUUUCCGAAACCAACUUGCUUUAUUCUUCUAUUUGCUGGUAGGUCGAGCGUGACACUGAACGCCUUUCAGUUCUACGGACCCCUCAUUCGAGCCCUUCUAUCAAGUUUAGUCGAAUGUGAAGCUCAAGGUCGACUGUAUGCACUGAUUGGGUUCGCUGAUGCACUGGGAUCAUUCAUUGGCCUGACGGCUCUUCCAGCCUUAUUUGCAUUGACUGUGUCCAUAAACGUCGGUUUGGUUUUCCACGUGUCAGCGGUCACCCUUUCAAUUGCCUUUGUGCUUAUCGCACGUCUGGACCGUGUGAAGUUGUUGUUGGGUUGCAAAAAUGCCCAGGGAGUCAAGGGCUUUCGUUGGCUGGGCGCCGCACCACACCCACUCAAGUGCGGCGUGCACGACGCGCUGGUCGACUCACUUGGCCGGCGUGCACGGCGAGGUGUUUUUAUGCGCAAAAUCCGCGCCCAACAAAUGUCGCCGUGCUGGGGCCGUCGGACCACCGCAGUUGGCCAUCCCUCCUCGCCGCUCGACGGUCUUCGUGUACACUUUUGCGCGACUUCGCUUGGUCCAUAA